AUGAGAACAUCUGGCCAAAUACCUUUAAAGUAUUUCAGACUCUAUGAAAGCUUUCGAACUCUGGUAUGCAUUCUGAAUAUUCGGACACCACCCAGUAAUAGUUUUAUGUCAAAAGAGUAUCAUCGCAUACACAUCGCCCUGUUGACUUCCACUCUGAUUCUUCCUCUACCAUUUUUAUUUCUCAAAUUAUGCCAGUUUUUUUCCGAUUAUAAAGAUUUUACAAACCUUACUCGUCAUCUUCAGCCUCCUCGUCCUCCUCGACGUUGUAGAACUGCAACUGGUAGGUGUUUCUCUUGGCAGAGACGAAUCUGA